CUUGUGUGUGUGUGAGAGAGAGAAAGGGAGCGUGUGUGUGUGCUCGAAGUGCCUAUGGCGGAGUUUGAAGAGGACGGCAGCCUGCCUCCAUUGAAUCCCGACGAUACUGCCGUGCCCAGCGACAACGCAGCUGGUAAGACGCAUUGCGAAGUGUCGGUCUUGAAUGGAGACUGUGGGAUAUCUGAAAAUAUGGUCGGCUCGGGAUCCCUCGUCGCACCUGGCAGCCAAACCGGGGUGGACAACGCCAACACCUCUGCCGGUCUGGACACCAAAUCUGAAAUACCACGCAGGAGCAGCAUUAUCAAGGAUGGAAAACAGCGGAAGGAAAGAAAGAAGACUGUCUCAUUCAGCAGCAUGCCCACUGAGAAGAAGAUUAGUAGCGCAAGUGAUUGCAUCAGUGCCAUGGUUGAUGGGUCUGAGCUCAAAAAAGUGCGAUCCAAUUCGCGCAUUUACCAUCGCUACUUUCUCCUUGACGCCGACAUGCAGUCUUUGAGAUGGGAACCUUCAAAGAAGGAAGUAGACAAGGCUAAAAUCGAUGUAAAAUCUAUCAAAGAGGUUCGGACAGGCAAAAACACAGAUACUUUUAGAACUAAUGGAACCUAUGAUCAGAUUUCGGAGGACUGUGCUUUCUCUGUCAUUUUUGGGGAGAACUAUGAGUCCCUAGACUUGGUGGCGAACACUGCAGAUGUAGCCAACACGUGGGUCACAGGGCUGAGGUACCUGAUAUCCUAUGGGAAACAUACCUUAAAUAUGAUUGAGAGCAGUCAGAACAACAUGCGCUCAUCGUGGUUAGGUGAGCUUUUUGAUGAGGAGGAUACUACAAACAGCAAGCAACUUUCUAUAUGCACUGCUGUACAGUUAGUCAAAAAGUUGAAUCCCGGGCUCAAAAAUGUGAAAAUAGAACUGAAAUUCAAGGAGCUGCAUAAAGUUAAGGACAAAUCAGGUUCGGAUGUGGCAAAAGAGGAGUUCAUUGAAGUCUUUCACGAUCUUUGUACCAGACCAGAAAUAUAUUUUCUCUUUGUUCAGUUUUCCAGUAAUAAAGAAUUUCUUGAUACCAAGGACUUAAUGAUAUUUCUGGAGGCAGAACAGGGAAUGGCACAAGUCAGCGAAGAGACCAGCUUUGACGUAAUUCAGAAAUAUGAGCCAUCGAAAGAGGGCCAGCUCAAAGGUUGGCUGUCUUUGGAUGGGUUCUCCAACUAUCUUAUGUCCUCAGAGUGCCAUAUAUUUGACCCUGAACAUAAAUCAGUCUGCCAAGACAUGAACCAACCCUUGUCCCACUACUACAUCAAUGGAUCACACAACACCUACCUGAUAGAAGAUCAGUUCAGAGGCCCCUCUGAUGUGACAGGCUAUAUCCGUGCUCUCAAGAUGGGCUGCCGCAGUGUAGAGCUGGAUGUGUGGGACGGACCUGAUAAUGAACCUGUAAUUUACACUGGUCACACAAUGACCUCACAGAUAGUUUUUCGCAGUGUCAUUGACGUCAUUAACAAAUAUGCCUUUGUUGCCUCUGAGUUUCCAUUGAUACUGUGCUUAGAAAACCACUGUUCCUUGAAGCAACAGAGAGUCAUGUUCCAGCACCUAAAGAAAAUCCUUGGAGACAAGCUGCACCUAGAUCCUCCGAAACCUGAGGACUGUUACCUUCCAUCUCCUAAUGAACUGAAGGGGAAGAUCCUACUGAAGGGUAAGAAGUUGGGCACAAAUUGCACUGCUUCAGAAGGUGAGGUGACAGAUGAGGAUGAAGGGGCAGAGAUGUCUCAAAGGAUGAGCAUUGAGACUGCUGAACAACAGACAGUUGCACUCAAGAAAUUUCAGCUGUCCAAGGAGCUCUCUGAUCUGGUGACUUUGUGCAAGUCUGUGGAGUUCAAAGACUUUCCAACAUCUUUCCAAAAACAGAAGCAUUGGGAGCUGUGCUCUUUCAAUGAAGUCUUUGCCAGUCGCUGUGCCAGUGAAUUCCCAGGUGACUUUGUUAACUAUAACAAGAAGUUCCUAGCACGGGUUUACCCUAGUCCCAUGCGGAUUGACUCCAGCAACAUGAAUCCACAAGAUUUCUGGAAGUGUGGCUGUCAGAUUGUAGCAAUGAACUACCAGACUCCUGGCCUGAUGAUGGAUUUAAACAUUGGCUGGUUCCGUCAGAAUGGGAACUGUGGUUAUGUGCUGCGUCCAGCGAUCAUGAGGGAGCAGGUUUCAUAUUUCAGCGCCAACACUAAAGAUUCAGUGCCUGGUGUUUCUCCACAGCUCUUGCACAUCAAGAUUAUCAGUGGACAAAACUUUCCAAAGCCCAAAGGCUCAGGUGCCAAAGGAGACGUAGUAGAUCCCUACGUGUAUGUCGAAAUACACGGCAUUCCCGCCGACUGUGCUGAGCAAAGGACUAAAACGGUCAACCAAAACGGGGACAACCCUCUGUUUGACGAGAGCUUCGAGUUUCAGAUAAACCUCCCCGAACUUGCAAUGGUGCGCUUUGUGGUGCUGGAUGACGACUAUAUUGGCGACGAGUUUAUCGGUCAAUACACAAUCCCGUUUGAGUGUCUGCAGCCAGGUUUCCGCCAUGUUCCGCUGCAGUCUCUGACAGGGGAAGUGCUGCCACAUACCUUAUUGUUUGUUCAUGUGGCAAUAACCAAUCGAAGAGGAGGCGGCAAACCUCACAAAAGGGGGCUGUCUGUACGAAAAGGCAAGAGGAGUAGAGAGUAUGCAAGCAUGAGGGUGCUAUUGAUCAAAGCUCUGGAUGAUGUCUUCAAAACAGCCAUUCAGCCACUGAGAGAGGCAACAGACCUCAGAGAAAACAUGCAGAAUGCCAUAGCGUCCUUUAAAGAGCUGUGCGGCCUUUCAGCGGUGGCUAACCUGAAGCAGUGCAUCUUGGCCCUUUCCCCUCGACUGACUGGGCCUGACAAUAACCCCCUUCUGGUGUUCAACCUCAAUGAGCAGUACCCCAACUUAGAGCCUCAAGGCCUGCUACCAGAGGUCCUAAAGAAAGUCGUUACCACAUAUGACAUGGUAAUCCAGACCAGCAAGACGCUGCUAGAGAGCUCAGAGGGGGUGUACGAGAGAAUCCUACAAACCCAAAAAGCAGCUAUGGAAUUUCACGAGAACCUCCACGACCUGGCUGUGAAGGAAGGCUUGAAAGGCAGAAAGCUGCACAAGGCUGUGGAGAGCUUCACGUGGAACAUCACCAUUCUGAAGGGCCAGGCGGAUCUACUGAAGCAUGCCCGAAGCGAAGUCCAGGAGAACCUCAAGCAGAUCCACUAUGCCGCGCUCACCUGUAAACUGACUAAAGGUAGCGCGGUGAGCGGUUCCUUCGGCUCUGAGUCCAAGAGCAGAUGCAGCCUUGAGGCCAUCCCGGAGAAGGCCGUCGCGGAGGAGGAGCUGACGGACGAGGACAACUAGACGCGCAGACCUGACGCCCACCUUCAGACCUCCCCUCUGUUCCUGCCUCCUGAGCUCAAAACCCAAAGCUUUGCUCCUUCACCAGUCUGUGUCUUUACCCAGACAUCACUGCUCCGUGCACGCUAGUGUUUCCUCACAUUCCAUCACAAACAUUCCUGCAUCCCAAGCGCAGCUUUAACCUCUCUAACUUCAGCCAUCAGUAAAACGCUGCUUUUCCAGGCACGAGCUCAGUUCACCAAACGGCUUCACUGCAAGUUAAUUCAAGUCUAGAUAACUGGCAAAUUACUAAUGGAGCAUUUGCUGCACAUGUGCCACCAAACCUUCCCAGUCAUCAAGCUCAGAUCUCUACAUCCUCCACGCCACUGCACAAGUUUGCUGCCAUUCGUCUAACCCCAACUCUUCUCCUGACUGAACCAGGAGAGAUGAGUGAACUACCAGCCACCAGACUGUUUAAGACAUUCAGCUGUUUGGAGACAGUGCACUUCUACUCAGCAGAACAGGUGUUAAGAAAAGAUAUGAAGGAAAAAAAGCCGCGGAUUGUUGUAAGAGAUUUCCUAAAGCACAAUUUUCUGGAUUUACUGUAUGAAUGUAACGGGACAGGAGGAACAACAAGCCGACGGGAGAAGUCAAUAAAUGGUAGACGAACACAUGUGAAUGGGAGUAAAGAGCUGUUUACAAUACUGAACUUGUCCAUGUUUUUGUCUGCCAAAACAGUAUACUGUGUGUAUAUAUGGAGUUUUCUGUUACCUUUUUUUCUGCAGAGUGCAUCAUUUUAUUAUUGUACACUUGGAAAUACAAGAUUUAUUUUAUAAAAGAUAUAUGAAUAUGUCUGUGGAAA